AUGUUCAAACGGUCCUCUAUUGAUUCUCGUCACUCUGACAGUCAAAUUGAAAUGACGACUACUCCAGCUUUCAAAUUCAUGAAGCUACCGUAUCUGGCUCGUCGACAGGUUGUGAGUGUGAUGACAACUAAUGAGCAAAUCAACUACUCCCUGCUCUCCCGGAACUCAAAGCGUCUGGUCCAAUGCGUCACCAAGACACCCGACUACUUCGAGGCAACAAUUCAAGGCCAAAUCAUCUGUCUAGACACAAAUCUAGAGGAUAUGAAACAUCUGAAACUAGUGUUCCUCCCAGAAUUGAGACUAGGCACUUGUCAAGUGCCAGUGGCCCCACUGGUCGUGAAAUCAGCCAUCAGUUGCAGAGGAUGUGAGUUGGAGAAGGCGGAGUUUAGUACAAGGGAUUGGAUUGACCAUCUGGUAGAUAUAUUCCAUUGUAAGACACUCAAAUUGAUAUUCGAUCAGGGAUCCGCUUAUUAUGAUUUGGUAUCGAUAAGGGAUCUAUUUCAAGGAUUCGAUAUUAUUGGGCUAGCCAUCCAGGACACAAAUAGAGAACAUGCUCUAAAAAUCCUCCGAAUGUUUAAGCCAGUACGUCAGUUGUCAAUUAUCCGGGUCCAAUUUGAAAGGAAAGAUAUGGAGCACAUGCGCGGUGUCGUUUUUCAAAAGUACGAUUAUUUCAAACUAGCCGGAUCUUUUACUGUUGACAUGGGUACGAUAAUGAACAUGGACUGCGCCAUUCUAGAGAUAUGGAGAUCCAACAUGUCUACAAUGGAUCUAAAUGCAUUUAUUAGAAGAUGGAUGGCUGGGAACAUCAAAUGUUGGAAUCUGGAGACACUAACCAUCACGAUUUUACGAGCCAACCUUCCCGUCAACUACCAGCAGCAAAUAUUCCAUGAAAUCCGGCAUUCAGUGGUGAGAAAAGAUCGGUAUAAGGAGUUCCGCAUGCCGAUCGAUACGGUUUUAUGGAAGAAUGUGGCCGAAAUUGUUGGACAAUAUGAGAUAGAGGGGGAGAACGAGAGGAAGGCGACGAUUCAGUUGGAUGUGCAGGGAUUAGAUUUUAGAUUCAAGUUUGUGGUGGGACAGUGA